AUGAAGAGCCAGUCUUCCCUGCAACGCGGGAUGGCGUGCUUGAACUGCCGCAGGAAGAAGAUGAAAUGCGAUGGUAUCCAUCCGAUCUGCACUCCAUGUUCACGGUCGAAAAAGCCUUCCGAGUGCCAGUUCCACGAGAAGAAGCAGACGAGUCGCGCAGAGACGUUGCAGCAGAAAAUCGCCAAGCUCGAGGUACGGCUCCGAGAACUCGAAUCCGAACAAGAUCCCCGACUUGGAAGUCAGCCCACCACCCCAACACACGCGUCUCUUUCCCCUGUGAAUUCACAAAAUUGUUCUCAGACCGAUGAAUAUUCGUCAUCGUCAUCGUCGAGCUGCAGUCGGGAAAUGGGCCUGUCACCCCCUCAAUCCUCUUCCACCGCUCCUCUUGAACCAUUCGCUGGACCCUCUUCCAGUAAAGGAUCCUCAUCCUUCGACCACCCCAAUCUAUCGGGGUCACCGUCGCCGUUCAAUUACCACGACUGCGGAGCAUUUCCACAGAUACCUUUGUUAUCCUCGAACUGGUGGGAGGAUCAUGAUACGUUCUGCGAAAACAAGCAGAUGCUUCUGAACAUAUUUUUCUCCCAUAGACACCAGUUGGGCUUCGAUGUCCAUAUGAGUAGAUUCCAUGCGUCCCUAUGUCCGGGAUCAAUCAAGAAGCCACACCCAGUCCUAACGGACGCCAUUUUUCUCCUAGGGUGCCUGUUCUCACGGUUGCCGCACCUAUGCGAACUCCAGUCGUAUUUCUUAGAGCGCGCCGUGCAGGGGAUUCGGGAUGCACUCCAGCUUUCUGAUCACAUCCUCAACGUGCUGCAGGCAUCAUGUCUCCUCGCAGUCUACUUCUUUUGUCAUGGCCGUGUCCUGGAAGGGUAUUACCAUUCCUCGACAGCGGCCCGUCUAGCGAUGGAUGUGGGACUGCAUCAAGUACAUCCGAUCGAUUUCAUGCAAAUACAGAUAUCACUGACGCCACACUUCGUACCGUCGAAGGGCUCCUCUCCUCUUUCACCGCCGCAAGAUAACGUGGAGUACGCAGAGCGCGUUGCUGCUUUUUGGCAGAUAUUCGCAGUCGACCGCGCCUGGUCGGUCGCGACGGGUCUGCCACCGGCGCUGCCAGACGAUGACCACCCCCAGACACAGAUUGAGACUGUGUGGCCGAUGCCCAUACCUGAGUUUGCAUUCAGUUUUAUCGGCAGCGACCCAAACCCCACAGAGAACGCCUGUGGUCCCGGUUGGUCUACAGUGACGCUACGUGCUAAGGCGAUCAUGCUAUUCGAGCGCACUGCUCGAUUAUCUGGUCAACACAGCGAUAUAGACUCCUCAUAUUAUCUGUCGCUCGAGGCAGCUGUCGCACAGUUCUCUAUGAACCUCCCAAGUAUAGGCGCAGAGGACCAGCACAGCGUUUUCAUGGCCUCCAAUAUCGAACUCGUUAAUAUUCAUACACUGAUAUGUGCCGCGAUGAUCCAGCUCAAUCUUGCCUCCUGGGAGACGCAGCCGUCGUCUCACGACAAGUGCAUCAUUGCCGCCAAUGCUAUCACGUCUAUCAUCCGCCAGCUGCAGGGCGAUGAUUACGAUUACUUAGACCCCAUCAGCAGUACAUGUUGGCGCUGUGCCACUGACGUGUUUGUCCGCGAGUUGACGUCUCCGCGUGUCCAGCGAACCCAGUAUACUCUUGACAUUGUGGAUCAAGAGUUGGAUGUGUUGGUUGAUGCUAUGAAGCGCCUCAGUUUACUUUUUCCUGUGGCAGGUAUUCAUGCAUCGAAAACAGAGCAGGAGAUUCAGCUUGCUCGUGAAGCUGCGGUGACAUCGUCAUAUCCACCUGCCAGUGCAGCGGUCAAUUUUGCCGAGUGGCUUGACUUCGGGCUGUGA